GUUCCCAAGUCCACCACUUAACCGGUUAUUCCGCUGCAUUUUGCUUGCGCUAACUGACGUCCACUACUUUCACCUCCAUUACUCUGAUCAUUACAUACACUUGUACUCUCUAUUCCCUCGUUCAAGUGUAAUAUUAUUUUAUGUGAUGCAUGUAUUUCUUAUCGGCCUGUUUCAAUAUUACAAUAUUUACUUUUUAUUUUUCUUCCCUCUCUUGUUAUCAGCAUCCAGCUGCGUCUUUUUCAUUAUUGAUGUUUGGCUAGGGAUGGAUUUCCUUAGUGUCUGCUUCAUGCGCAGGUCAUUCAUUCUUCCUUUUUUUUACCCUUCCCCACCCACAAACCAAUUCCAUCCGUCCAGUCACCCUAUGACAGCCCAGUCGUAACUAAGUAAAAAGAGUCCACUGACCGUAUUUCUUUAUUGGUUUGUGUGUUAGCCUACCCUUUCGUUUUUCUCCCACAUAAUUUCUUAUUCCUAUUUUUUAAUAUUUUCUUUUUCUUUUCUUUGAAAUUCAAAAAAAAAAAUAAAAAGGAAAAAGGGAAAUGGGAAAAGCCUCUGAUCGGCUACACUUCAUGUAUUACC